CCUUAUGCUAAUUGCCACCAAAUACCAAUCCUACAAAGCACCUAAUAAAAGUUUCUGUCUUUUUGUUGAAGACCAGGACAGGAACACCAACAAAUCAUGGGAAGAGAGAGUGCUGAAUUCCCACUUUUGGGCAGUAAUGUUUCUUCUUCUAACGAGGAGAAGAAGAAAAUUUGGAGGAGCAGAGCUCUUUGCUUUUUUCUUGGUCUCUUGAUCCUUUCAAGCUUAACAGUAAAAUUUGGAGGCGAUUUAACAUCUUGGCUGCUAAAAAAUGGAAACACUCACGAUGAGUGGCUCAAGGUUAAUGAGGCUGAAAUUAUCCAGUCGGAACAAGGCGUUGUUGCUGCUGAUGAUGGGCGAUGUUCUGAGAUUGGUGCAUCGAUGCUUAGAGAAGGUGGCCAUGCUGUCGAUGCUGCGGUGGCAACGGCAUUGUGUGUUGGAGUUAUUAAUGCACAGGCGAGUGGAAUAGGAGGCGGAGCUUUCAUGGUUGUUAGGUCUUCAUCAACAUUGAAAACUCAAGCUUUUGACAUGAGGGAAACCGCUCCCUUAGCUGCUUCAAAGAACAUGUACGCAAAUAACAUUGAAGACAAGUAUUCGGGUCCACUAUCUAUUGGAGUUCCUGGUGAAAUCGCUGGCCUCCAUGAAGCUUGGUUACAGCACGGACGUUUGCCUUGGAGAAACUUAUUCCAACCUGCCAUAAAACUUGCCAAAUAUGGUUUUAUCAUUCGUCCUUAUCUCGGACUAGAGAUAUCAAAACAGGCAGGGUUAAUCAUGAAUGACCCUGGACUUCAGGAAGUGUUUGCACCAAAUGGGAACUUGUUACAAGCUGGUGAUAAGUGCUUCAAUAUGAAACUAGCACGGAGCUUGGAGGCAAUUGCAGAACAAGGGCCACAAGCCUUUUACAAUGGCACUGUUGGUGAGCAGUUGGUGAAGGAUGUAAGAAAGGCUGGUGGGAUAUUGACAAUGGAAGAUCUACAGAAUUACAAGGUGGAAAUAACGGAUGCAGUGACUGCAAAUGUAAUGGGCUACACGGUGCACGGAAUGCCACCUCCUUCAGGCGGAACACUGGGGCUGUCAAUGGUCUUAAAUAUCUUUGAUAGCUAUGGAACUUCAGGCGCUGUACAAGAAAAUCUUGGACUGCAUCGCUUAAUUGAAGCGCUGAAACACAUGUUUGCCGUGCGAAUGAACUUGGGCGACCCCAAGUUUGUAGACAUUAAGAAGUAUGUGGCUGAAAUGCUUUCCCCGACUUAUGCAGAGCAAAUCCGGAAAAGGAUAAUAGAUAAUACUACUUUCCCCCCAGAAUAUUAUAUGAACAGGUGGAGUCAGCUUAGAGAUCAUGGAACUAGCCAUUUCUGCAUCGUUGAUGCUGAGCGAAAUGCUGUAUCAAUGACAACAACUGUAAAUUACCCUUUUGGAGCUGGACUGCUCUCUCCAUCUACUGGUAUUGUGCUCAACAAUGAAAUGGGUGACUUCUCAGUGCCGACGGAGAUAACCCCCGACGUGCUCCCUCCUGCUCCAUCAAACUUUAUUGAAUCCAACAAGAGACCCUUAUCUUCCAUGACCCCCAUAGUUGUCACCAAGGAUGAUCAAGUGGUAGGGGUGUUAGGUGGUAGUGGAGGAAUGGACAUCAUUCCGGCAGUAGCACAAGUUUUUAUUAACCAUUUUGUGCUGGGGUUAGAACCAUUAAUUGCAGUGGAGAAACCAAGAAUCUAUCACAGGUUAAUACCAAAUAUAGUUAAGUAUGAGAACUGGACUGUGAUCGAUGGCGACCACAUAGAGCUCGCUGAGGAAACAAAGCUAUUCUUGAAAGAAAGGGGGCAUGAAUUGGAGGCUAAGGCAGGAGGAGCUAUCGUCCAACUUGUCGUUCAAACCCUCCAAAACCCUAUUAAAAUAGGCCGUAAAAGUGAAAGGGAUUCCCAAAAUGCCCAAAUUUUGCGAGGUGAACUCACAGCAGUGAGUGAUCCGAGAAAGGACGGGAGGCCAGCAGCAGUUUGAUCUAUAAAUAGUGUGUGUGGAACUGUUUUGUACCUUUCAGGAAUUAGUCCAUUUGUUGUAUAUAGAACUUGGGAGAAGUUUGAUUAUUUGUAAGCAAAUUCAGUCAACUUGCACACGCUUGAUUUCAUGAUAUAAUAGAAAGAAUGCUGAAAAUAUUCAGCCGUUAUUUUCAA